AGGGAGUCACAGGGCCCAUCAGUACAAAACCAGGCGGCAGCGGCUCAGCAGCAGCAGCAAGUGCAGUGCAGAGGAGCUGGAAGAAGCAGACUGUGGGCUGCUGUCGUGAGGAAACACUGCACAGAUGAAGGGACCGUCGCGGAUAGCUGUCGCAUAUUCCUCCGUUUGACUACUGUUACACAUCAAACGACCCGAUCCUCUUUCCCUCCACCGGGAUCGCGCCGUCGCUGUGGGUCUUUCAUUCGGAGGGGCUUGCCUGUUUUUUCCUCCGGGAGGCUGAAUGGAAGCAGCAGCCGAGGGAGCGGUCGGGCUGUCGGAGGCCAGGGAAGGGAGCCCGCUGUCCGGGGCCGCAGCAUCCGAUGAUGGGGACACGGUUGUGGGAGUUAGCUACGGGAUGGACGCCGCAGACAUGGAUGCAGCUGCUAAGAAAGCCUUCAUCACAGAGAUGGCCUCAUCCUCAGGCCAGCCUGGUCAAGGAAAGAAGAUUGGACACAGAGGGGUGGACGCAUCAGGGGAGACUACUUAUAAGAAGACCACAUCAUCAGCCUUGAAAGGUGCCAUCCAGCUGGGCAUCGGUUACACAGUGGGUAACCUGAGCUCCAAGCCUGAAAGAGAUGUGUUAAUGCAGGACUUUUACGUGGUGGAGAGCAUCUUUUUCCCCAGUGAAGGGAGCAACCUUACUCCAGCCCAUCAUUUCCCGGAUUUCCGCUUUAAAACGUACGCUCCUGUGGCCUUCCGCUACUUCAGAGAACUGUUUGGCAUCAGGCCGGAUGACUACCUGUACUCCCUGUGCAACGAGCCUCUGAUCGAGCUGUCCAAUCCUGGAGCGAGUGGCUCAGUCUUCUACCUUACAAAGGACGAUGAGUUCAUCAUCAAGACUGUGAUGCACAAGGAGGCUGAAUUCUUACAGAAGCUGCUGCCUGGAUACUACAUGAACUUGAAUCAGAACCCUCGCACUUUGCUGCCCAAGUUUUUCGGCCUCUACUGUGUCCAGUCAGGUGGCAAGAACAUCCGUGUGGUUGUUAUGAACAAUGUCCUCCCCCGCGUGGUGCGCAUGCACCUCAAGUACGACCUGAAGGGCUCCACCUACAAGAGGCGAGCGUCCAAGAAGGAGAGGGAGAAGGCCAGGCCCACCUUUAAAGACCUGGACUUCAUGCAAGACUUGCAGGAUGGCCUGAUGAUGGACCAGGACACUUGCAAUGCCCUGACCAAGACCCUGCAGAGAGACUGCCUGGUGCUGGAAAGCUUUAAGAUCAUGGACUACAGCCUGCUGCUUGGGGUCCACAACAUCGACCAAGCGGAGAGGGAGAGGCAGAUGGAAGGCUCCCAGGGUGACAGCGAUGAGAAAAGGCCCGUGGCCCAGCAGAAGGCUCUGUACUCCACAGCCAUGGAGUCCAUCCAGGGGGGAGCUGCCUGCGGAGGGUCUAUUGACACAGACGACACGAUGGGCGGUAUCCCCGCCGUUAGCGGAAAAGGAGAAAGGCUUCUUCUCUUCAUCGGAAUCAUCGACAUCUUGCAGUCUUACAGGUUAAUCAAGAAACUGGAACACACGUGGAAGGCUUUGGUUCAUGAUGGGGACACUGUAUCGGUCCACCGGCCAGGAUUCUAUGCCGACAGAUUCUUGAAGUUCAUGAGCACCACAGUUUUCAAGAAGAGCUCCUCUUUGAAGUCCUCUCCGUCAAAGAAGGGUCGUGUGUCCUUGACGGUGCCCAAGUGUGGUGGUCCUGGUGCAGCUUGGUCAGCCAGCCAGCUGACCUCUGAGAGAGACGAGAAUAUCUACGACCUGAGAGGAGCUCGCAGCUUCCCAACGCUGGAGGACGAGGGGAGACCAGAUCUUCUUCCAUGUACUCCUCCAUCAUUCGAGGAGGCCACUACCGCAUCAAUUGCCACUACACUCUCCUCCACCACCUCUUUGUCCAUUCCUGAGAGAUCUCCCUCUGACACGGCCGAACACCCCCGCUACAGGAGGCACACCCAGUCGCUUAGCCAUGAUGGGAGGACCCAGGAGGAGCUGCGUGUGCGUGAGGAGGAUCAGCAGACCAUCACAGUGGAGGUGGAGCUGAAGAGACACGACAGUGAGCCCACCAUCUCUGUUCCUCAGCCCUCACCUGAAAUCAGUGACAUUCAGGAAGUAGCCGGCACAGACGCUCUAGACGGUGCCGCAGCAGAACCUUCAGGCUCUUUGUCAGCACCUGAGGCUGCCUCCUCUGCAUCAUCAUCUGCCCUAGCUGCUUCCUCCUCCCCGGGGCCACCCAAAGAAGCCACAUACAGCCCAAAGGAGGCGGUGGCGGUGGAAGCAGACAGGGCCAGCCAGGUGUCCGGUUCAGGGUGCACCAGUCAGGCUUCGGUUGAUGACGACGACGAUGUGCCAAUCACAGAUAUCUACUUUUUUCCUGAUGGGAGGACCUGGGUGGUCUCUCCUUUCCGACAAAGGAGGAAAUGCCAGUCUGGUCAGCCACCUCCAGAGGACAGGACCUGGGUGUACUCUCCGCUACACUAUGGCUCAGAGUCUAAGGCCCUGCCAGAUGGGGAUUGGGAAAGAGAGACAUAAAUCCUGUUUUCUGGCAGACAGGAGUGAACGUCUCAGCGGAGAGGACUCAUCAGUCUGAAGUCCAGACCUCAGUGGCAGCAGCGCGAUCUCUGUCUGAACCAGGAUUUAAAAACAUGCAUACAGAAACACACUGAGAGGAAAAAGUGACUGUACCAGAGUACCAGAGGGAGAAAAAACCCUGACAGUGAUGAUAUCACUGGUUUGCAACCAUCCCUGCCUUUCACCCUUUGACAAAUGAAAUUUAUUACAUCAGUUUAAUAAAUAAUUGUAUAUGUGACAUA